AUGUCCCGUCUCAUUCCUUUACGGCCCUUCAUUUCCCUGCGAAUGACCAACCGUCGCAUCUGUCAAAUGGCUUCACAAUUGACUCCUGCGCCGGCAGCAUCCUACAACAAAUUGGCUACCAUUCCCAAAUCAAAUACAUUUACAUCCAAACUACCACCGGACCCGGCAUUCGAGACGCCAAAAGCAUCCCACGAUGCGCCGCGAGAAACGCUAGGUCCACGCAUCGUCAAAGGUGCCAUGUACACCUACGUCCGUCCUGAAACUGCCGAAGACCCGGAGCUGUUGGGUGUUAGUCCACGAGCCAUGACUGAUUUGGGAUUGCAGCCGGGCGAGGAGAAAACGGAUGAGUUUCGCGAUUUAGUAGCUGGGAACAAGAUAUUUUGGAAUGAGCAAGAAGGAGGAGUUUAUCCUUGGGCGCAAUGCUAUGGAGGGUGGCAAUUUGGUGCUUGGGCUGGGCAGCUUGGAGAUGGCCGUGCUAUCAGUCUCUGCGAAUUGACGAAUCCCAGCACAAAUGUCCGCUACGAAUUACAAUUAAAAGGCGCAGGUCGAACACCGUAUUCCCGUUUCGCGGAUGGCAAGGCGGUUUUACGUUCGAGCAUUCGUGAAUACGUAGUAUCCGAAGCGUUAAAUGCUCUCGGUAUUCCGACCACUAGAGCACUAUCCCUCACAUUACUGCCGAAAUCCAAAGUUCUGCGCGAACGGAUGGAACCUGGCGCUAUCGUAGCCAGAUUUGCACAGAGCUGGCUUCGAAUUGGCUCGUUUGACAUUCUCCAUUCUCGCAAUGAGCGAGACUUGAUAAGGAAUUUAGCAACAUAUAUCGCUGAAGACGUCUUCCCGGGAUGGGAAUCGCUACCUGGGGUGGUCACCCUACCUAAUGGGGAUGGAAAUACUGCGAAUGUAAAUGUCGACGAACCACCGCGAGGCAUCCCAGCUGCGGAGCUACAGGGCAAAGAAGGCCAGGAAGAAAACAGAUUUACCCGACUAUACCGAGAGAUUGUUCGACGCAACGCCAAAACAGUAGCAGCCUGGCAAGCAUACGGAUUCAUGAACGGCGUUCUUAACACUGACAACACAUCCAUAUUCGGUCUAUCAUUAGACUUUGGUCCGUUCGCCUUUAUGGACAACUUUGAUCCUUCAUACACACCGAACCAUGACGAUCACUAUCUGAGGUAUUCAUACAAGAACCAACCAUCAGUCAUAUGGUGGAAUCUGGUGCGCCUAGGCGAGGCCUUUGGCGAAUUAAUCGGCGCCGCCGAAAGAGUCGACGACGAGGAAUUCAUUACCAAAGGCGUAACUGAAGAAUUCGGACAAAUCCUCAUCAAACGCGCCGAAACAAUCAUUAACCGGACAGGUGAAGAAUACAAAACAGUCUUCAAAAACGAAUACGUCCGAUUAAUGUCACGACGAUUAGGUCUUCUCACGAGCAAGGAGUCUGAUUUUGAAACUUUGUUCUCGGAGUUACUCGACACCAUGGAGCAUCUAGAGCUUGAUUUUAACCACUUCUUCCGCAGACUAUCCGACGUCGGCAUUGAGGAAAUAGAGACUGAUGAGCAGAGACUCGCAAUCGCCAAACGAUUCUUUCACAAUGAAGGUAUAAGCGGAGUUGGAAAUACAGAAGAAUCCGCCUGCAAACGAAUAGCGGCAUGGUUAUCAUCGUGGAAAGAUCGAAUCAACGAAGACUGGAAACGAGACGGAAGAACCGAUCAAGAGAGAAAAGAAAGAAUGAAAUUCGUAAACCCAAAGGUACUUCCCUCCCUCAAGCUACGUGAAAAUAUACUAAUUGAUAAAUAGUUCCUCCCCCGCUCCUGGAUCCUGGACGAACUCAUCGAACGAGUCGAGCACAAAGGUGACCGUGCCAUUCUCGAACGCAUCAUGCAAUACACCCUAAACCCAUUCCAAGAAGAUUGGGGCAUAGACCAGGAUGAAGAAGAAAGGUUCUGUGGUGAUGUACCCAGGUUCAAGAGGGCUAUGAUGUGUAGUUGUUCGUCUUGAUCACCUACUCUCUAGGAAAGAAACAUAGAUUUAUCGUUUCAAGCAAAUGUAAAUUAUGUAUGUAUCAUCUCAAUUUCCUCAUAUUGAAAUUUCUCUCCUAUCAUGAGACAAAGGGAAUCAUUUUGGGGUAGUUUUAAAUAACAGCAGCAGUAGAUAAAAAAUGGAAAAAAGAAAAAAAGAAUUAAAGAAGAGGCAUCAUGAUUCAUGACUUGAGUAUUUUGUUUGAGAGCACCCUUUCAUUAACCCUUUUUUGGAUAAAACAGACUUCCAUUCCUUCUCACUUUCUUCUUCUCCCUUUCUCUUUUUUUUUUUGGCAACCAUCCUCCCCUC